UUUUUUUUUGGAGGCGAGCACAGGUCGUGCUGCAAUUAGUUCAUUCAUUGAAAACUCAGUUGCUCUCUGAGCUGUCGGGUAGAGACUGCUUUCGGCUUUUUUCCUGCUGUUAAGAUCUCCUCUAGAGAGCUGCAACAAUGCCCAAAAGAAAGGCUGCAGAUCAAGGUGAUAUGAGGCAGGAGCCAAAGAGAAGAUCAGCCAGACUGUCUGCUUUGCCUGUGCCCAUUACACCAGAGUUGAAGUCCAAAAGAACAUCAACUGCAAGGAAAAUGAAGGCAAAAAAUGAUAUGAUGGGAAAAAACACAGAUGCAAGUGCCAAAGCCAUAGCCAAAGCCAUAGCUGAAACCAAGAAAGAAGUUGUUAAAGAAGAAUACAACAGUGAAACUGCUGAAAAUGGAGAAACCAACCUUAUAGAGACAUCAGCUUCUGAAAAAGAAAUAGAGGAAAUAAAAGAAGAAAAAAUUGAAGAUAUCAAAGAAGAAAGAGGAGAAAAGAAAGGAACAGUGGCAGCAGAAGGAAAAGAAGAUGAAAAAGAAGAUCAGAAAGGAGAUGGAGAAGAUCAAAACAAGGAAGAAGAGAAAGGAGAAGAUGGAAGAGGGAAAGAAUAUGAAAAAGAAGAUGAAGGUGGAAAAGAGAAAGAAGGAGAUGGAAAAGAGGAAGAAGACAAGAAAGACACAGGAGAUGAAAAGGAGGGUGAAGAUGGAAAAGGGAAAGGAGAAGAUGGCAAAGAAUCUGAAGAUGGAAAAGAUAAAGGAGAAGAUGAAAAAAAGGGAGAUGAUAGAAAACAGAAAGGAAAUGGAAAAGAGAAUGAAGAUGGAAAAGAGGAUGAAGAUGGAAAGGGGGAUAAAGGUGUAAAUGAGAAGGAAGAUGAAAAGGAGAAAGGAGAAGAUGGAAAAAAGGAAGAAGGAAAAGAGGAAGAAAAUGGAAAAGGAGACAGGAAAGAUGGAGGAGAUGGAAAAGAAGAUGAAAGCAAGGCUGAAAUUGGAAAAGAAAUAGCCGAAAGAAAAGAGGUCAAAAAAGAAGAUGGAAAAAAAGUAGAGUUUCAGAGUGUUUUUUAAAGCUGCCCUAUAUGGUUUCAUAAUUUGGUAAUAUGUACCUUCAUGUUGUAAUGUUAAGAGAGAUGAAUAUUUUUAUCAAAUAUUUUAUAAACACAGCUUUUCUUUAGCAUCAAUUUAAUUUCAAAACAUCUUCAUACUGGUUAUUAGUCACAAAGUUUCUAACAUGAAACCUUUAUCUAUAAAUUUUGUAAUUAUAAUAGUGGAAUAUAUAGAAAAAAUAUGUUUUCAACUUUGUCAGUGAAUACACUUUUUCUGUAAGUUAUGUGUUAAAUCUUUGACUUUUAAUUUUACUCCUAUAUAUGAUAAUUUCACAAAAUGGAGAGAUCCCAAAAGAGUUUCCUCAAACAUUCUUGUGGUUCUCUAGGUUACUUUUAUAAAGAAGGUGAACUAUUUUCAUGUAAUGCUAAGAAUUAGAAUUAUCUUUCCCAAAUAUAACUUUGAUAUUAGCUUGGGAAAAAAUAAAAUUGUAAUUCCAUUUUUAAAAGAAAUACAAAUGUUUAUUUCAGAAGGGCAGUUCUGACAAUAUGUGUAUUCAAAAAAUUU